GUCAGUGUUACUUUAAACAAAGAUUGAUAAUAGGAAGCUGAUCCUAGAUCAGUGGCGCUCGAGACCAGAGAGGAAAUAUCGCGUUACUGUCCUUUUUUUUCUCUCUACCUCAACCACCACCACUACUGAAAACCACUACUAUUUCUCCCCUCCGUCUCUGUCGCUCCACUAUCUCCCUUUCCCUUUGAGUUUACGAGAUCUCCUCCCGAAACCUGAGCGAGGCAGUCACGGAAAAGAGAGGCGAAACCCUCCUGCACAACAUGGCUGCAAUUGUAACCUCGACCAGAUUUACAGACGAAUAUCAGCUGUACGAAGAGCUCGGAAAGGGUGCCUUCUCCGUUGUCCGGCGAUGCGUUAAAAAGUCCAACGGCCAGGAAUUUGCUGCUAAAAUUAUCAACACAAAAAAACUAUCAGCAAGAGAUCAUCAAAAACUGGAACGAGAGGCCCGCAUCUGUCGCCUGCUCAAACACCCUAACAUAGUACGACUACACGAAAGUAUCUCAGAGGAAGGCUUCCAUUACCUCGUCUUUGACCUUGUCACCGGUGGAGAGCUGUUUGAAGACAUUGUUGCCAGAGAGUAUUACAGUGAGGCUGAUGCCAGCCAGUGCAUCAAUCAGAUCCUGGAGAGUGUCCACCACAUGCACCAGCAUGACAUUGUGCACAGGGACCUCAAGCCAGAGAACCUGCUCCUGGCCAGUAAGCUGAAGGGAGCCGCGGUGAAGUUGGCUGACUUUGGGCUGGCCAUCGAGGUGCAAGGAGACGAGCAGGCGUGGUUUGGUUUUGCAGGCACUCCGGGCUACCUCUCUCCAGAGGUCUUGAGGAAGGACCCCUACGGCAAGCCAGUGGAUAUCUGGGCAUGUGGUGUGGUCCUGUACAUUCUCCUGGUGGGCUACCCUCCCUUCUGGGAUGAGGACCAGCACAAGCUCUAUCAGCAGAUCAAGGCUGGGGCCUACGAUUUUCCCUCCCCAGAGUGGGACACAGUGACCCCCGAAGCCAAGAACCUGAUCAACCAGAUGCUGACUAUCAACCCUACCAAGAGGAUCACUGCUGACCAGGCCCUCAAGCACCCAUGGGUCUGCCAACGCUCCACUGUGGCUUCCAUGAUGCAUCGUCAAGAGACCGUGGAGUGCCUGCGCAAGUUCAACGCCAGGAGAAAACUCAAGGGAGCCAUCCUUACCACCAUGCUGGUGACCAGAAACUUCUCAGUGGGCCGACAGCACACCAGCCCCGCAGCCACCACCAGCACGGCUGCUCUGGCUUCAGAAGCAUGCAAAAGUUUACUAAACAAAAAAUCGGAUGGUGGAGUGAAGCCGCAGACAAACAACAGUAAAAACAGUGUAGUGAGCAGUACCAGCAGCACCAAAGACAGCAGCAUAUCAUCUUCAGCACCAAUGGAACCACAGACCACUGUUGUGCACAACCCAGCUGACGGCACCAAGGGCUCCACAGAGAGCUGUAACACCACAGAAGAGGAGGAUGUGAAAAGUAGAAAAGUGUCUGCGUGCGGGUCUAGCGCGGACAGCGCAAUGGUCAGCCAGUGCAGUGCCAGUGAGGAACAGAGCCAGCCCCCUCACUGCCUACCCACCUCUCGCAAACAAGAGAUCAUCAAGAUUACCGAGCAGCUGAUUGAGGCCAUCAACAACGGAGACUUUGAGGCUUACACGAGAAUCUGUGACCCCGGGCUAACCUCGUUUGAACCCGAAGCUUUGGGAAACCUGGUGGAGGGCAUGGACUUCCACAAAUUCUACUUUGAGAACUUGUUGAGCAAGAACAGUAAGCCGGUCCACACCACCAUCCUGAAUCCCCAUGUGCACCUGAUCGGGGAAGACGCGGCCUGCAUCGCCUACAUCCGCCUGACGCAGUACAUCGACAGCCAGGGACGACCGCGCUCCUGCCAGUCAGAGGAGACUCGCGUGUGGCACCGCCGCGACGCCAAGUGGCUCAAUGUGCAUUUUCACUGUUCAGGAGCGCCUGCCGCACCUCUCCAGUGAACCUUUACCACACAGCUUUGCCUGAAUUCUGAAGCCGAUUGGAACAUUUCCUCUCAUUGGUUGGAUUGGCGCCUGGAGCCCGGCCGGAAGAGACCGCUUGAAGUUUACAAUCCUUGGGGGAAAAAAAUAAAAUCAAUUAUAUUUAAAAGCCAACCGACAACACCACCAUAACCAAUCCAGUCCAACCCUAGCUAGAUGUUGGGGGCCCGGCUGGGGCCGAGACCCUCCCCUCAGGACAGUGCAUGUUCUGACGCCCACAGGGGGGCGUGGUCUUGUUCUUUUUCCAUGGAUCCAUAUUUUUUGCCCUUUGUUUGGAAAGGUGUUUAAAGUAUUAACAUAUGUACAAAAAAUGUCACAUUUAAUCAACAACAAUGAUUAAAUAUGAAUUGUCUAUAUAAAAAAGGAGCACACACCCUAAUAUUAGUGGUGGUUGUUUUUUGGUUUUGUUUCACAAUGAAUCUAGUUGUUUUCUUUCUUUUUUUGGAUGCAAACAAAUGCUAGGAGGGAAAAUGUAAGAAAAAAACUAAAUGAUGAUACUUAGUAUUAGAAUUAAGAACACCAAAGUGUAGACUUUAGGCCUCUUUAGGCAUUUAAAUACAUUGUCUUAAUGUAGAUGUAUGUUUUUAUGGGUUAGGUGGGUUUCAGAAGGGACAGUGUUUUAGUAUUCAUAUGUGUUAUUGUGGAACUCUUCAUUUUUAUCCCCUGAAUGAUGCUUUAUUUGAAGGUAUUUUGUGUUUGAAGAGGAUCAUUUUUAAAUGGGGACUUUAUUUAAUAUAGUAAUGUAUACAUCGAUAUUUAUAAGGAGAAAGGGAAAAGACUCUUUACUUUCAGAGUUUGGAGAAUGGAUGUGUGUGUGAGUAUGUGUGAGAGUGAAUGUUCUCCUGUCCCUAUUCAGGCUCUUUUGCAGUUUGAGAUCCCGUGUACAUACACACACUCUCACACAAGGCCCAAACUCCAGGCCCCUGUGCUGUGCCCUUUGGGUCUAUAAACCAGCCUGCUCCUCCAGCUUCAGCCACAAUCUCCUGACCAGCACAAUCUGAAGUUGCAGAACACUACCAUCGGUUUUCAGUGCUGAGUUUGCCAUCUUCCUUUUGGCCUCUAGAGGGCACAUGACACAGUCAGUCAAGCCAACUGAUACUAUUCUGACAAGAGGCCCCAACCCACAAACUCUGAAAGCUCGGAUACCUCUCCCUUGUAUCGUUUCCUACUAUGAUUUUAGCAUGUUUGAUCAAUUUGGGGGGGUUGUCUAAAAUGGCCUGUACUGUUUUGCACAUAAAUUUGAGACUCAAUGCUGUUCUGUUCACUCCCCAGGUGAACGUUUCUGCAACUUCAGGUUAAGCUCGCCCACUCCUGGGGUCUCUACCUGUGUUUCUAUAGCGAGCGACCCUACUAAUCAGCUGUUUAGCUUUUAGUGCCACUCAGUGUGACGAUGUCACCCUUUGCCUGUCUCUUGUUUUGGUCCCCGUCCUGUUCUCUAACGUAUAUCAUCUUUCUUUGCUUGCCGUACCUCUCUUUAAAAGCAUGUGAAAAUGAGAAUGCAGUAAAGUGGGGUGCUGAGUUGACCCGUGGCAUGUCAGACCUCUGGCUGGGCAUAAGAUUGGAUGGGACGGUGGAGGCUGGGUGAUCUGGCUGGGUGAUCAUUACAUAAGAUGGGACGGUGGAGGCUGGGUGCUUGGGAGCCACGGUGAAAGCAAUCAAUGGAUUGGUCCCUUUGUCACGGUUUCCAUUGUAACUGUUCUAGAUGUUAGUGUUCUUACUGGUGGUAUUAUUAUGAGUGAUCUGAGUUUUCUUUUGAGAUUGGAGCUGAAAUAUGGGGAGUCAGUUGAGGUGAGGGAUGGGGCUCAGGCUGCUAGCAAAUCACACCCUGUCCAACCCCCCCACACACAUGCAGAUAAUGCCACAAUACACAUGGAAUCAACACUUACGGUGUACUCCCAAUGCAAAUUAUAUUUGAAUAUAUAUGGACAGACACACAAAAUAAACACACUCGAAACAGUCUCACUUUAAAAAACAUAUCUUUGUGUUGAUGGUAAAACAUUGGAACACUGUUUUUCACCGUGUUGUAGAAACUUGUGUGUGACUUCGUACCGCCAGUGGGGUGAAGCUUGCCGUUUACCCCUUCACUUCUGUGCUAAGCAGCUCCAUAGUACUCGUGUUCCAUUCAACCUGUCAAAGGCUGGGUACCAAAAAGCUGAAAAAACAACCUACCGAUGAUAUCAAAAAUGAUAUCAAAACGUGUUGAAGGAAACAUGUUAAAACAAAACUUGUGCUCUGUUUUUAUUACGAGUCACACGUGGCCCCGCCCACCCUAUUGCUUGUGCUGCUGGGUGUUGUGACAUAUCUGCCAUGAGACUAUUCCCCUUUGCACCAUGACGUGAUGUAUACAGUACUGAACUAUGUGAUGUUUUUUGGAGUAGUUUUCCCUGACUUUGCGCUGUGGGCAUUGACCUCUCUCCCCCACCGGGCCUGAUGCUUCCAUUCAUUGUGUGUUCACACAGCCAUGGGAAUGUUCAUGUAAAAGAGUAUAACCAUCCAGUUUAUUUUAAUUCUUAAAAAUAAUUCAAAGGGAAGAAGAGGAGAGAAAUAGUAGUUACUGAGGGAAGGACAGUUAACCUUUGAUUAUACUAUACCUUACUGGCAGCAGGAUAGGGAGAGAGACUUGCUAUACAAAAAAAUUUAAAAAAAAGAAUAAUGAAAAAUAAAUAUUAAAAGCCAGACUUUAAUAACAAAAAUAUAUAUGCAGUUUUUUGAGGAAAAAUAUGCAUGUCUUCUUUCUAGUAAUAUUUUUUACUGUCUGUGUUUACUUAAGAAAUGGAAAUCUAUAUAUGUUACCUGCACCUUCAAGGUCAAUGAAAAUGGCUCUGUCUCAAAUAUUGAAAUGAAGUGAUGUAUCACGUAAAGAAAAAAGUACAAAAAAAGCCUUAGCUUGGUAUGUUUCUCUUUAUUUGUAAAUGUACUGCAUUGUAACCAUAUAGUGAGGGGAUGCAUAUGACUAUACUCUGAGUUUUCAUUUAGAUGCUGGAUUUUUGCAUGACCAUAAAAUAAAGAAAAUCAUUACUUUAAAACUAUCAAGUGUUUGUUUGAAUGUUAGUAGAUCAUAUCUUUGUUAUUUAAACAAGAAACAUUGAAUAAAAAUAACAUUUCAACAUAA